AUUCCUUUAAGAAUUUUUUAUGUGACAAUCGUACAAUAGUGCCGCAGACAUACAAUUACAACGUAAUUUUGGUCAAAUUAUAUAAACAUACAAGUGAUUUUUAAGCACUAAACUUAAAAUGCAGUGCUUAAAAAGUGGAUCUGGCAGGUGAACACUCAAACGGAGGUCGUUAAAGAGAUUUUUCAGAGUUAAUGACUGUCUAAACCAGGAGAAAAAUCCCAAUAAGCCGCAGGCGCAGCCCUCGGAGCUCAAGAGAGCGUAACUCUGGAUACAGAAACAGUCAAAACGCAAACAAAUCUGAGCUGCAACACUAACCUGCAGCUAUGCUUCUGCUGACCACGUGUGAUUCAUUACUACAUUUCUGAAAUAGCGAUUAUUUCUCAUGAAUAAGGAAACAUGUGGCGCCAUUCCUCAGAAGACUUCAGCGUGUCCAACAUUAGGUAUUUUUCCAAACACAAAGGAGAGGUAAAUUGCUGCGCAUUCUCACCUGACUGUCAGAUAAUGCUCACGUGCUGUGAUGACGGCAGACUGUACCUGUGGAACGCCACCAGUGCAAAACACCUGGCCACAUUUAACGGACACUCAGGUCCUGUGAAAUCAUGUGUUUUCUCCUCGGACGGUCAGCUGUUUGCGAGCGCGUCUCAUGACCGUACCGUCAGAAUCUGGAGCCGCUCCAGCACUGAAUGCACACACAUACUGACAGCUCACAGUGGGAGUGUGGAGACAGUGAGCUUCAGUCCGGACGGUCAGUGGCUGGUUUCGGGCGGAUGGGACAACAGAGCACUGAUCUGGAGAGUUCAGAGCGGUGAGCUGCUGGAGGAUCUGCGGGGUCACACUGCAGCUGUCCAGAGCAGUGCCUUCUCAUCAGACUCACAGUGUGUGGCCACGGGCUCCUGGGAUCGGACCGUGAGAGUAUGGAAACUUUUUGAGGAAAAAGAGGCUGUGACAUUACAGGGGCACUUGGGAAACGUGGCCUGUCUCUGUUUCUCUGUUAGUGGGAUGCUGGCCUCAGGCUCAUGGGACGGCACAGUGCGUGUUUGGUUGCCGAUGCGUCACGCGUGUCUGUUUGUGUUGGGAGGCUGUGAGCGUGUUUGGGUCAGAAGUCUGGCUUUCUCCAGAGACGGACUGGUUUUUUCUCACAGUCUGUGUGGCAAUUCAAAAAAUCUAUUUGUGAGGAUCUGGGAUGUGACCACUGGAGUCUGUCUGAAGAGGCUGCAGGGUCAUAAGGACUCAGCAUACGGCUGUGUGUUCACUCCUGAUGGGAAGCUUCUCACCAGCGGUUCUGAACAGCUGGAUGUAGAAGAGGAUGAGGAAAACAGCACAGAGGAGAGUUUAAACACGGGACAGGACUGUAAAGAGUGACCAUGAGGACAGCCAGGACAUUGUGACCCACGGUGAAUGAAAGCACCUUUGGAACUGCAUCCAGUUUUACUCAGAUAAGCAGCGAUUAUAAACUUACUGUUACACAUGGCCGCAGUGAAUGUUGUGCAGCCUUCUGCAUGUCUGAAUGAACAUUUUUAUGAGAUAAACAUCCAUGAAAACCACCACAAUGUCAUAACAUUGUUUGGGUUCAUAAGGUUUGAAUUGUUUUGUGAUUGUUGACAGUGUGUAUGCAUUUUUAUUUUGUACUGUUUAGAAGUUAUUCACCUUGCAAAAGUAAGCUAUUAUCUGUGAAUGUGUGAGAUUUCUGAUCAUUUACUAUUUUUACUGCAAACUAGUGUUUAUGGUAAUAAAUUGAAAUAAUAAAUAGCAGUUUGUAACAUCAAGCAGCAAAACAGACUAUUUUGGUACUGCUAAAAUAACUGGAAGUGGAUGACAAUGGAAGGUGAUUGUAAUACUAUAAUACAAUAUUAUAUUUUAUAUAAUAUUAUAUAUUUUCAUGUAUUAAGAACCAUAAAGGCUGUGUGAAAAUAGGUUGUUUAUAAAAUUAAAUUGUAAUGUUUUAUAUUGUACCUUUGUAUUAU